AUUUCUAAACUACACAGUUAUAAAAGCAAAAUAUAAACAUUGCAAAUAUUAAAAAGUUUUGUAAUAUUAUAUACCAGAUUUUUGUGUUUUUUUUUAAACUAUUUUGGCAACUGCAAAUUUUUUUUUUACAUUUAUGUGAGUGAAUAAAAAAAAAACUUGAACCUAGUUUUCUUGGGGAAAUUUAAGUGUUUCGCCUUGUCUGCGAAGAAAAAUGAAAAAUCGUCCUAACCUAAAAAUUUAAGUUUUUCCCGAAAGAAAUUUAAAAUAAAUAUGUUUUUGUGGAGAAUUUUAAUAGAAUAUUAAAAAAAAAAGAUUUUAUUUAAAAAAAAAUACCAUUAUGACGCGAAAAUGUGCAAUUUGCAAAGAGACAAAUUACAGAAAUGGAAGCAGCUUCUUUUCUGCUCCAAAAGAUCCAAAAACACGUAAAUUAUGGCAAGAAGCUAUUGGUGGAGUUGAAAAUUAUAUUGUCAAAGAUGAAACAUACGUUUGUAGUAAACAUUUUUAUCCAACGGAUAUUAUUACUCAUUGGUUUAGUGGAGUACCACCAAAUGUUAUUACUAUUAAAUAUAAAAAAUUCCGUUUGAGACCAGGUGCAAUACCUAAACAUCAUGUCGAUCCAGACGAAGUGGAUCCACAAUUUUUAGAAUGUGAUGACGAAUUUCGAGUUAAUAGAAGUUUAUCUCCUGAUUUGAGUAAUUUAUCAUCGACAAUCAAUAAAUCUUAUGAAGUUUUUUCAAUACCUCGUGAAAAUGACAAUGAAAAUAUUGUCGAGAGUAUAAAUUUUGAUGAUCAAGAUUCACAGGAAUCUUUUGAAUUUAUGAAAGAAGAAUCUGAAACACAUGAAGCUGUAAAUCUUCAAUCAAAUUAUAAUUCCGAUGAUGAUGACAUUACGGAAACAUUGCACAAUGAUAAUUCCAAAUCAUUACUUCUUUCUGAUAAUACACAUAAUUUAAAUUUAUCAACUGAAGACGAUGAAUUAUGUACAGUUGAUGAGAAAGAUAUAUUUUUGGUAGACAAUAACGUCAGCUAUAAUUCAGCGGAUACAAAUAGUGAAUCAAUGCUUUUUGAAGAUCUUUUGGAAGUUUAUACUGAAGUUAAUUUACCAAAAGGAUGGAAUUCAUUUGUAAUUUCAAAACCAAAAGGACAUGGAACAACUGUUGUCUAUUGUUUUAUGAGAAUGAACGAAAAUGGAAUGCCCGGUAUUGAGAAGCAAGUUUUUAUUAAAAAUAAUAUGCAAAUGCGUUGUACUGUAAAAGAAAAAAAUGUUGAAACAUUAACACACAAUUUGGUAAAAGACAAAAGUAAUUUAACCGUUAAAACAUUGGUUGAUGUUGAGGAAUUAAUUGAAGAAUUUGACAAACGAAAUGUUUGUGAAGGUUAUCCGUUGAUAAAUUUAGAAUGCGACGAUGCUUAUCGAGAUGGAUCAAAUUGGCGGCACAAUUCCUGUUCUUUAAUUGUAAAUAGCGGAAUAACACGAUGCUCAAAAUGUGCAACUUUGGGAAAACGAAAAUCAACAUUUGCACAAAAUACAUAUUCAAUGGGUAAAACGAAACUAAUCGAAAAGGAGAAACGAGUCAAAAUUCUCAGCGAAUCGCUUGAGGAGAAAAUAAGAUCGUCAAAAUGUGAAGAACGUUUAUCAACAUUACCAGCGAAAACAAUUAAUUUAAUGACACAAAUAGUCGAUCUUAUGAGUUUACCCGAAAUACAAAAAGUAAUGAUUAAAGAAUGUUUCAAAUUGGAAAAUAGUGGCGAGGAGAAUGAUAUUAAAUUUUCAAGAACAUGGAUUUUUCUUUGUCUACUUUUGUACAUAGAAUCACCAGAAAUGUACAAAUAUAUGCUCCUUAAUAAAUACAUGAAUCUUCCGCCAUUAUACACUGUUAGAGCAUAUUUACGACGAGUUAAAACUGAUCGUGAAUUUUAUAAUAUAUUUCAACGGAGCGUCGAAGGAUUUCAGCCAUUUAAUGAAGAAUUAAACGCCGAGCAGUCAGAAUAAAAUUUACUUUUUUUUUUUUUUUAGAAACAAUAUAUUUUUAAAACAAAUUUGUUUAGAAUUUUUUUUCAGUGAUUUUUUUUAGUGAUAUUUGUUAAAAGUGUAACAAAUGUAUAAUAAGGAAAAAUUUUCUAUACUAAGAAUUUCUUUAAUUUUCUAUAAUAAAUUUUUUUUUUUAUUUUA